UGCAUAUAUAAGUAUAUAUUAAUUCGGCAAUUUGGGCCCAGGAGGUUUAUCAAUGAGGUUGAAGUCAAGAGGAGACUGAGCAGUCAACGCUCAGUCUAAAAGCAGUAUUUGCAUAUAACUUAAAUCAACACUACGAAGUAUUAAAACAAGUAUAUCUAUGUUUGCCGCCGUCUGUCAUCGUAUAAGCUAAGAAAGGCGACUGCUUAAACAGUCAGCACCAACACGCGGAGCCUAUCGCAACUCUGGUUGGUGGUUCGCUUUGAGACUCUGUGUAGUAACGUGACAACGUGACAGCGUUGCAGACCGACGUGUGGACGCGCUCCCCCUAAGCUAAACAGAGAGGUGUCCUCGACAAGCUUUUUGGGACGAGCCUCUGUCAAUUGGGCUGCCAAUGUAAAAUCACAAGAAGAAGGAUAUAUUAAAUCAAUAAAAUAAACGUAGAUAUCCAUUCUUAGAACUGCCACCACCACAAAUUAUGAACAAAAGCCCAUGUUGAGGCAGCUUCCGGAGCUAUCAAGGUUCGUGGUGCAUUGAUGGUUCAUGUUCAAACCAGCGCAUUCGCAGCAGGUCCGUCUCCUGAAAUUCGGCCGCAAUCCACACAGCCCACUCCCAACCGCUUUCCCUUUCCACCUUCACUUGCCUCUCGACGUCUGUUCACGAUACAGAGGGCAAUGGAACAUCGCCUGUAAUUCUGCAUUUAGUCCACUGACCCUAUUUCCUACGGUUCUUCCCCACGCUCGUUUUGACAGCCCUCCCGGCGCAUCCAUACCAUCAUGGCUGCGGUUGGCAGGUUCGGCCUCUUGGCCAUUGCGGUGGUAUUCCAUCUCAUCUAUCUUUUUUCUAUCUUUGAUAUUUACUUCGUUAGCCCAAUCGUUUCGGGCAUGCAACUUUUCGGCGUAGAACGCACCUCAAGUGUUAAAGCACCAGCUGACAGACUGGUACUCUUCGUUGGUGACGGUCUGCGUGCCGACAAGGCAUUUCAAUCCUUUCCCCAGCCAUUCCCGAAAUCCGAUGCGGAUCUGGUCCCACGACACCUCGCACCUUUCUUGAGAUCCAAAGUCCUAAACGACGGUACUUUUGGUGUCUCCCAUACCCGGGUCCCAACCGAAUCGCGCCCAGGUCACGUCGCUCUUAUUGCUGGCCUCUACGAGGAUGUGUCCGCUGUAGCAACCGGGUGGAAGUUAAAUCCGGUCAACUUCGAUAGCGUCUUCAACCGCAGUCGACACACCUGGAGUUGGGGCAGUCCUGAUAUCCUUCCCAUGUUUGAGCAGGGCGCAACGCCUGGACGAGUCGAUACUUACAUGUAUGGUGCGGAAGAAGAGGACUUUUCGCAGAGCGCCUACCAUCUUGACCAUUGGGUCUUUGACCACGUCAAGGAGCUCUUUGCUGAAGCCGCAACCAACAAGACUUUGGACGCCGCCUUGAGGAAGGAUAAGAAUGUGUUUUUCCUCCAUCUUCUUGGACUUGACACCACUGGCCACUCCUAUCGCCCAUACUCGCAAGAGUAUCUUUACAAUCUGCAGAUUGUGGAUCAAGGCGUCAAGGAAAUUACUGGGCUCAUUGAUAAGUUCUUCAAUGACGACCGAACAGCUUUUGUCUUCACUGCAGACCAUGGUAUGAGUGAUUGGGGUAGCCAUGGCGAUGGUCAUCCUGAUAAUACUCGUACACCAUUGAUUGCAUGGGGAUCGGGUGUUGCUAAACCAGAGGUCUAUAAGUCUGGUGGCGCGCCCGGUCACGACGAGUUCUCCGCUGACUGGGAUCUUGAUCACAUUCGCCGUCAUGAUGUAGCUCAAGCCGAUGUUGCCGCUUUGAUGGCUUACCUUGCUGGUCUUGAGUUUCCAGCAAACUCUGUUGGCGAACUGCCACUCUCGUUCUUAGCCGCUUCCACUCGUGAGAAAGCGGAAGCUUCUUUGGUCAAUGCUCGUGGUAUCCUGGAAAUGUAUAGAGUCAAGGAGGAGAAGAAGGCUGCUAACGAGCUCCGAUUCCGGCCUUAUGCACCCUUUUCAUCAGACGAAUCCUCCCCAAAUGCACGCCUUGAACAUAUUCAGACCUUGAUCAGCGCCGGAAAGUACGAGGAAGCGAUUGAAGAAACCGACGCACUAAUUCAAGUUGGACUCGAAGGACUGCGUUACUUGCAGACCUAUGACUGGCUGUUCCUCCGUGCUCUAAUAACGAUUGGCUACUUGGGAUGGAUGGCGUACGCCAUGACCACAGUCAUCAACCUAUAUGUUGUGGGCCAGACGCUUCCUGCAGACCGGCCUACCAUGUCCACUGUCUUCUUCUCCUCAACUCUCAUGCUUCUGUAUGCUUCUUUCAUCAUCUCGAAGUCGCCAGUAUCCUACUACGCAUACGCAUUGUUUCCCGUCGCUUUCUGGGAAGAGGUCUUUGCUUACCGCAAGAGUUUGAACCAAGGUCGCCAGAUUCUCUUUUCUCACAUCAAGUCUGCCAGUUCAGGAGCGACCUUCGGUCUUUAUGCAGUUCUUUACGUUGUCGUCAUCCAAGCGCUGGCUCUUGGAUACGAGUAUCGAGAACUCUUUACUAUUCUCUAUAUCCUAGGAGCAUUCUGGCCUGUUCUGAAUGGUGUUGCAUUUCUACAAAAGAAUGCGGCUCUCAGUAUCACAUGGGCGGUGACUUGUCUUGCCAUGAGCACAUUCACGCUGCUACCAGCUAUGAAGGUGGAGGACGUGUCGCUCAUUAUGGCUGGUGGUGCCUCUAUGGUGAUUAUUGGACUUCUUUACUUAACAUUUGAGAAUUUUGUGCUCGCAGGCUUCCAGUCCAAGGCGACGCCGGAAAAAGCGAAUGGCCGGGCGCUCGCCCGAACUUUGACCGGUGUUCAGAUUGGGUUGAUCAUACUGUCCAUGAUCGUGACUAGGUCUAGCGCACUGUCCUUGCAGGCAAAGACUGGACUGCCACUUGGUAACCAAGUCGUUGGAUGGAUCGUCAUCAUUGUAUCUCUGGCUAUGCCUUUUGCGUACCGUAUGGAACCAGACGGCCGCUACAUGCAUCGCCUCAUGAUGAUCUUCCUAACCUGCGCACCAACCUUUGUGAUCUUCGCUAUUUCUUACGAGGGUCUCUUCUAUGUAGCAUUUUCCAUCAUGCUUCUAACUUGGAUCAGAAUGGAAUACAGUGUUGAGGUCCGCGACAGGGAGAGUGGCAAAGCCAUCAGCAUGCUCUCAACUGGUUAUCGCCAACUUCGCCUGUCUGAUGCAAGAAUUGCGCUGUUUUUCCUCUUCCUGCUCCAAUCAGCUUUCUUCGGUACGGGCAAUAUUGCGUCAGUUUCUUCAUUCAGUCUGGAGAGUGUCAACCGCCUCAUCCCUGUCUUCGACCCGUUUUCACAAGGCGCCCUUUUGAUCCUCAAGAUUAUGAUUCCGUUUGCACUGAUAUCCGCGAAUCUCGGUGUAUUAAACCUUCGUCUUGGAGUUGCCCCGUCGGCUUUCUUCACUGUUGUCAUGGCUAUCAGCGACAUCUUGACACUCUAUUUCUUUUGGGUCGUCAAGGAUGAAGGCUCAUGGCUUGAGAUCGGCUCUACCAUCAGUCAUUUCGCAAUUGCCAGCUUGCUAGGCAUCUUUGUUGUAUCACUAGAAGCCGUUAGCGCAUUCUUCAUUGACGGUAUCGAAGUUGACGACGCUCUCAAGCAUGAUAGUGGUGCACCUACUUCAAAGCUUGACAAGGAAGAAUCGCCCAAGAAAAAUGGCAGCGCAAAGUCGAAGAAGAAGAAGGACAAGAAAAAUUAAGGCGGAUAUAAACCUGGUCCUCGCUGGAGUAGGCGAGAGAUUAUACUGGCAUUUGUUUGGAGAAUCCCGUUCUAGUUAGAUCUAGCCGGUUACAACAUCGUACUAAUUUAUGCAAAAGAGAAUAGACAAUGAAUAUUUGAAUGU